AUGCUGUCCAGAAUCCCAGGAGCACGCCUGGGGAGGUCAUGGAUCACAGCGGUUGGAAGGUCGCAGCGCGCUUUGGCCAGCGACACCCAGGAGCUGGUCCUGAUGGAGCCCCUCCGUGAGAAGGGCGUGGCCUUGCUCACCCUGAAUCGACCGAAAGCCCUCAACGCGCUCUCCGACGGCCUCAUGCGUGCUCUAGCAGAGAAGCUCCAGCAGGUCGACGGCGAUUCGACGCUUCGGGCAGCUGUAGUCACCGGCACGGGCAAAGCCUUCGCUGCCGGCGCAGACAUCAAGGAUGCCAACCUUAGCGACCUGCUGGUAUUGGAGGGUUGGUUGCAGCAGCCUCUGUUGGUGUACUUCAUCAACACGGACUCUAGUACUGCCCGCCGUGCUCACAUUGAGCAGCAAGCGAAAGAUCUGGGGCUGCCGCUACAGCGCUUCAGGGCGAUCGACACCACGGACAUCGCCUCCGGACGCUUCGAUGCUGCCUACGUCUCACGACAGGGGCUAGAUCCUCUCUUGCUCUCUUCAGGACCGGAUCGUUCCAUCAACGGUACAGUUGCCUGCUUCGUGAGCCAUGCGAGCUUGAUGGAGCAGAUUGCUCGGAACUACUCCGAAGACCGUGUCGCACUGAUUUUAGAGGAUGAUGUGCUCUUGCCCACCGACUUGCUUCGAAGGGUUCGCCAUGUGCUUGAAUGCGCCCCUUCCGACUGGUCACUGCUGAAGGUUUCCUCCUGGGGAGCGAUGCGACAGUCGAACUCUGUCAGGCCGCUGCGAACACUCUGGCAGUCUAUUGGCUUCCAGCUCCGCGGCGUGUUGACAAUGCUGGACUUUCAGGGCCAUGUGACUCUGGACCAGUACUGCCCCGAUCUGUAUCAGAUGAGAGAGCCAUUCACAGAAGAUCCGCCGCCCGUGAGGCACUGCUGGGAUUUUCGGGCCUAG